CGUCAGUUUACAACAACAUGGCGGCCUGUAGACGUAUUCCGCGGACGAAAAUAAAUUCAGCUGCAUCGAAAUUGUAGAUUUUUUGUCGCGACACUUUAUCGGAAUCUCUAGACAGGAAUAGUUGCUAAUUAAUUUUAAUUCAAUUCUCUAAAAGCAGCUACAAAUAAACAAAAAAAAAAACCCUUAAAUAAUUGUGCAAUUCCCGACGGAUUCUAUAUAAACGCGUUGCUAAAAGAACGCAUUUAUUUACAUUUUUCAUGAGACCGAACUCCGCCUGUCUGCUAUGCUUUUCUUGUUUAUUUUCUAAAAUUUCUUUUUAAAAUCUGUACGCGCGUGUAGUUUGCCAAUAAAUGAAAUCUAUCUCAGAGUAAAUAACUCUGUAAAUAAAAUAAAAGAAAAUAUUGUGUUAAAAAGAAAAAGCAAAAUAAUUUUGUGUAGUGCUGCUGUUUCACACUGGACGACAUAAUUUAUAUUAUUUUGUUUAGUUUUUGACGUUUUUCUUCAUUUUUUGUAUUCUUUAUUUCUUUAUCUAUGUGCAAAACGGAGCAGAGUUUGUAACACUAGCGGCAGACAAGUUGUAGCCAGCAGCUGUUUUCAGGGGGGUGCAUGCACAGAUGAGGCUCUACUCCCCUCCAGCGAUAGGCCACUUCAAAAGCAGCCGUAGCAGCAAUAGCAGGAGCAGCACCAGCACUAUUACCUUCCAACUAAACUAAACCAUCAUCAGUUUCCGCUAAGGCUCAAGGGAUGAAAUCCUACGUACUUCGGCUAAAUCUGCUUACUCUGUCUCCUCCUCGUCAUCGACUUCGUCUCCGUCGGCAAAGCAGUCAAAAGCGGCAAAAGCAACAGCAGCGAGAAACUUUAAUUGGAUCGAGUUAAUCCUCAUCGGUCUUCCACUCUUACCCUGUUCAUCUCUUCUAUACUGCUUUUGCCUAUUUCUAUUUUCAACGAAUGUGAUUUCCGUGUCCCAUAGCAAAAAAUAUAUAUAUAAAAAGUUGGAAUAAAAGUUAAAUCUAAAAUAAAGUUCCCAAUCCUUCUCUCAGCUCCCAUUCUCAUCGCAGUUGGAGUCCAUUGUGUUGUCGUUUAUAGUUUCCAACACAAACGUAGCCAUUAGAAUCUACCCUUACAACAAAAAAAAAAAAACACCCCAACCCUUAUCCUCGCCCUCCUCCCAUUCCCACCCGCGCUCGCGUGUGAAUGUGAUUUCGUAUAAUGGUUGAUAUGCAAAAAAGCGUCUCGGUCCAAGUAGAUAGUGAUUUUGCCCUACUGUUACCCAGCGGUGUUUACGAGAUCAAAAAAAUGGAACCACGCUCGAAAAUUCGGACAAUUAUUGUAUUUUGUUUAUUUCUGGCGAUCGCUGGCAUCAUUGGAUUUGGAUACUUUUGUAAUGAUCAGGUGUGCGCUCUAACAAAACGUGGAAUGAUGCUACAACCGGAUAUCCUGCCUUUCAAUGAUGCAGUUUCUCAAUAUCAUAGAGGAGUUGCCGCGGUAGCAGCGGCUGCUGUUACCUCCGUUAGUAAAUCAAUGCAACAAAAUAUCAUAGCAAAUGCAGGACUCAGUUACGAGGAUGUUCUUAACGAUGAUUUCCAAUUCGAUAUGGAUGGACAUGAUGUCAUGGUGUUUCUCCACAUACAGAAAACGGGUGGCACUUCCUUCGGUAGACAUCUUGUACGUGAUUUGGAUUUGAAGCGGCCUUGCGAAUGUCAGCGACAGAGAAAGCGCUGUUAUUGCUUCCGUCCGCAUCGCAAUGAGAAUUGGUUAUUUUCCCGCUACUCGACUGGCUGGAAAUGUGGCCUUCAUGCUGACUGGACAGAACUGACAUCCUGUGUGGACCAGGAGCUGGACAAAAACGAAGGAGAAACCGCAAAGCGAAGAUACUUCUACAUCACACUACUAAGAGAACCUAUCUCACGAUACAUGUCUGAAUAUCGACAUGUGCGGAGAGGUGCCACAUGGAAAGGUUCAAGACACUGGUGUUUGGGGCGGCAAGCAACAGCCACUGAGUUACCACCAUGUUAUAAAGGUAAAGACUGGUUGCAUGUAACGCUGGACGAAUUCGCCGCAUGUGACAGUAAUCUCGCAGCCAACCGGCAGACUCGCAUGUUGGCCGAUUUAGCUUUAGUUAACUGUUAUAAUAAGACUUCGAUGCCACAUCAUGAGCGAGACAGAGUCAUGUUGGCAAGUGCGAAGCGAAAUCUAGCAGCUAUGGCAUAUUUUGGACUCACAGAAUUCCAAAAGAUGUCUCAAUAUAUCUUCGAAGAAACAUUCAAUCUUCGAUUUGCAAUACCAUUUGAGCAGCAUAAUACGACAAUCUCGGUGGCAGCUGUAAGUAACCUUCGUCCUGACCAAAGAAAACAUAUUGAGCAGCUAAAUGGUCUUGACAUGGAGCUGUAUACAUUCGCUAAAAAUCUACUGUUUCAAAGAUUUCAACGACUAAAAGCUAAAGACACAGAUUUUGAAAAACGCUAUGCCAAUCUGGGCAAUAUCAACUACAAACAGGGUGUCACUGAAUUUAACUGGGAUAGUAAUAUCGAUGAAACAGCUAGCACGGAUCAUUAAUAAUAAUAAAUAAAUAAUAAGCCAAGGAGUAUUUUAUAUAUAAAACAAAAUAAUUUAAUUACACGCAGCUAAAUUUAUUUGUUCUCAUUUUACACUCAUAUAAUUUUGUUUUAAGUUAUAAUAGUUAUUAUUUAUGAAAAAAAUCAUAUAAAAUUGUUCAACUGUUGUAUAUAUUAGUCAUUAGUUUUAUACAGUAAUUUUUUUUUGUUGUAAUUGAACCAAAAUAAACUAACAACACUUUUAGUAUUUGAUACCAAUUAAGUGAUUACAAAAUAACGUAAUAGUUUAUAAUAUACUUGCAUCAUAUAUUAUAUACGAUGAUGCAAUUAAUCAUAAUAUAGGACGUUAAAAUAUUAUAUGAAAUAUAAAAAAAAAUAAAGUCUGAUUUGCAUGAUGUUGCUUAUAAUAUAAAAGCAAAGGUGGAAUUUGUAUUUAAGAAAAAAAUUAUAAAAUAACAAAACAAAUAUUACUAAGUUAAGAAAGCAUUUGUAAAAGGAAACGAUAAAAAAAAAACUUAGAAUCCUCUCUUAACUAAACCAUUUUUUUAGUGCCAUAAAAUGAAUGAUGUGUUCUAUAAAAUCGCAUUACAUACAAAACAUUUUAUCAAAAAUCCUAAGAAACUGACAACCAAAACAAUAUUUUUUUUCGAAUUUAUUUUAUCAAGAACUGAACAGAAAUAAAAAUUAUUUUUCAAAUAUUAAAAAAAAAAACAGAAUUAAUUUAUGAUGAUUUUUGUCGGUACUCGGGAUUGAUAGCAAAUAUCGACUAAGAUAAAUUCUAAUGAUCUAUAUGAUUUUGCAAUUUUUCAAACAAAAAAGUGCCACUAGAAAAUGAAGGAAGGAGAGAAUAAGAAGUUGACAAUGAGAACUUUCUAUUACUGAUUUUUUAUUAUAAUUUAAUUUAAUUUAAGCUAAUGUUUGAUAAAACUGUGUGGUAAAAAAAAAAUGUAAAUACUUUUAUCAGGAACUUGUUGAACAUUUAUAUAUUUUGUUUUUGUUUUCAAUACACCCCCUAGAUCUGGAUUUAUGCGCCUCACAUGGUUUUUAUUUUAAAUUCAAUCAUUGCAAACAUUUUAAUUAGUCAAUUUCCAACCGAUUUUACAAACUAAUAAGUUCAAACCACGGUUUUGUGUUGGCAAAUGGUCGCAAGACAGUGCUUGCUAUAAGUGCUUCUCGACUAUGAUCUGAUAACUGAUAGUGUAAAAAAAGACCUUUCCAAAGAUGUACCUAAGUAUGUAACUUGAAAAAAACUGAAUUUCAAAAUUCCGGUUUUCACUUUGGCUCGAUUUUAAUACCUAUUUAUUAACAAAUCCGACGAGGUAUUUUUUAUGUGAAAAUUGACUGAGAACAAACUUUAAACGAUUUCAAAGUACGUGUAGGUACACUACAAACCAAAAAUUCGAACAUUUGGGUACAAAACAAGGAAUUUAUUCAAAUCCCAAUUGGAGGGUAGUUUUGUCUUAGUUUAACAUUUUUUAUAUUUGUUUUUGGUUGAAAUCCUAUUAAAAAAAAUUGAAUUUUACUUUUACCCUAUUAGGAGUUCGUUGCGGAAAGCUACAACGUUCAGAAAAACUCCCCGUAUUUUGAAAUUAUUUUUCAGGAAAUUUGCGAAGUAAUCGACAGGUCUCUUCUCACUUAAAUUUAAGUGACGAACAAAGAAAUAAUUUUGCCUUUUUUAAAUUCCAUGCGAAAUUUUUUUUAAAAAAAAGUCACAUCCCUGCUCCUUCAUGCUUUAUACACUUUGGUAUGAUUUUUGAAUGCUUCGAAAGACCCAUAAGGCCAAUUCCUGCUUUCUUUCUUAUUCAUACGAAUAGAUCCUUGAUUUAUCAACUAUCACGAUUUUGUAAACAUUUUUUGGGUGACCGUGAUUGUAUUUUUCUAGCAUUUCUUUUCAUCAAUCCACACGAGCCUUUUUUUAGCGAUUGUCGAAUUAAAUAUGUGGGAUCUAAAGCGAGCAAAGUUUUCCUACCACCAAAUGUUCAUUCAAUACCUUAUAAACGCUAGUGUUACUUUUGUGCAAUAAUUCCUCAAUGUCACGGUAUGUCUCAUGAUCGUCUUCCCGAUCGAUGUUUUUGCGCACAACAACUGAUUUUCUACGGCCUUUCCUGAGUUUUAUCAGUAGCUAAACGAAUCUCAGCCACGACCGAAUUCGUUAUACCUUCAUUUGCCAAAAGUUCAUUGAUGCAUUCAACCGUUGCUAAGGCUAAAAAAAAAUGGCUUCGUAAAUUAAAUAACCAUUUAGUGCCCAUGCUCUGCAUUUUACUUUUAACGAGUUCACACGCCGAAAAUCAAAUUAGUUGUUCUGCAUUUCGGUAUUCGAAAUCGAUCGAAAUGUAGAACAUGCAAUUCCAUUUCAAGUGAAAUUGAAAAGUGAUUUGAAUUCACUUUCGAUCGAAUUGCAUCAGAACAUGGGCUUAUAUCUCAGGUUUUCUGAUAUUGAAGUCUUAAAAAAAUAACUUUCAUACAUGAUUUUACAUCAUCGCCAGGAAGUAUUAAUCCUUCUAGAAAACUUAACUGCAAGACGCAGCCCUAAUUGUGUAUUGUUACACUUUCUAAUUUUCAAUUUUAAACCAUUUAAUUCUAUGAAAUUCUGUGUUACAAAGACAUAUCGUCUGCAGAAAGCAAAAUUUUUCUAACUCCAUAGGAUUUGUUAAGGACUUUGAACAAUUUUCCUCUCUGCCGACGAUAUAUCAGAUCGUGAAGAUCCUAAACUAGAACCAUGAAUAAAAUGUUCUAAUAGAUUGCAUUUCAAACUAUUGGCACUUCUAACACCCACAUAUUCCUUUAGAUUAGAACCGUGAACCUUUCACGAUUUGAUUCCUUCGCCAUUAAUGUAUUCAAAUCCCGUCCAACCGUGUUUAAUUGAAAAAAAAAAAAAACAUCUUAUAGUGGUUUUAAGCCACACAAAGUAG